AUGCACGUUUACGUUCACAGCGCCAAUCCUUGGUUGGAUGGCCAUGUACAAGAAUGCAUCAAACGACAUGUACCGGAUGCUAUCUGUCAUAAGAAUUUUACCGAUAUUCCAGAGAAUGCGGAUACUGUGUAUCAGCUUCUCAAUGGAUGGGAGCUGAACCAUCACUUCGCAGUGCUAAACAGAGCUAAAAAUGGACUCCUCAACGCAUAUCCCAACAGCGAUGCGUUGGCCCGAAAAGAUCACAUGGCAAGCGUCGUGGAUUACUGGAUCACGAAAAGACCUGAAAGCGUCCUCAAAGGUCACAGCCCUGCUACAGUGAAGCUAUCACUCGACUAUAGCGAGUAUGUCGAAGAUGCGCUAGCUGCAGCCGAUGAUUUAACUCUUCUGUACUCGCUUGAAGAUAACGAAGCAAAGGACUCGUCGGAACGAGAUUGGUGGAUUCUUAAACCUGCCAUGAUUGACUGCGGCCAUGGUAUCCGGAUAUUCAGCACCAUUGACGAACUGGCGGGCAACCUAGAGCUCGCUGCUGAUAUCUCCGAGGAGGAUGAAGAGAGCGAGGAAGACGCUGAAACGCCGGAUACAAAGUUCGAGAGUGACGACAGCGCUGAGGGUUUCAAGCCAAGUCUGUCGGCGCCUGGACUUGACUCACUGGACGCCCUGAUCACAGCAACUGGGAAACUCUCCGUUAGCGGCACAAACAAGAUACAAGAUUUGGUCAUCGACGAAAAUGAGCGCAUUCCAUCAGCACUUCUGCGAGAAUUCGUCGCACAGCAAUAUAUCGUCAACAUUCCACCCAUCGAUGGUCGAAAAUGGCACGUCAGAGCCUACGUCCUCUCCGUCGGACGUCUAAAAGUCCACGUCUUCAACGAAAUGCUGGCUUUGCUAGCCCUUGACGACUAUGAACCUCCGUGGAAGAACCCCAGUCUCAAAUCAUCGUUGACCAACACUGCGCUGCAAGAUGAAGAGGAGUUCACCAGCAAAGAAUCAAUGCGGGACUUUUGGAAGAUCGACGAUGAUUUACUUCCCGGUGAUUGGAAGCAAAACGUCUUCAAUCAAGCUUGUCAAAUCUCAGGGGAGUUACUUCGUGCAGCCGCUCACACAAUGGCUGAUAAGUUCACACCAUUGGAUAAAUGCUUCGAGCUGUUCGCUAUUGACUUCUUGAUCGAUUCCAAAGGAACGGCGUGGUUAUUGGAAGUCAACGAAACCCCUGCAUUUUACGAACAAGGUUAUGCGGGCGAACUUGCGCAGCGGCUUAUGGAGUCGUUGAUCUGUGUGACGUUGGAGCAUAUGGGGAUGGCUGAUAUGGAGAGUGAGAAGAAUGUGCAGGCGAAGGGUCGUAUGGUGGAGGUUUUGGAUGCGACGAAGGAGUUGGCGAAGAACUCAAUCUUGGAUAGACAAACGGGCAGUGUCACCGCGAUCUCUCUUGCUUUCAAAAUGAACUACGCCGCGAAUUCCUCAUCGCCAUCUAUCAAUACCUUCGAAUUCAAUACUCAGGACACCCCUCGCAUCAUCCAAGCCAUCGGCUACUCACGAUUCAAUGCGAAGUAUCUUCCUGGCGCGAUACACCGCCCAAUCAAAUAUCCCACUGCCGUCCUCCACUCGCUGGAAUCGUUCGCCAAUUCCAACAAUCGUCCCCGCCCCAGCAGUGUCUUCGGUCGUCAUCCCCUGCCCGUUCGGCGUAUUCUUCCGUGGUGCGACGUGCAAAUCCUCUUCAAUCUUCGACAGACGAGCUUUCGGCUACGAAAAAUCAUAAGUAGAUCCCUGAUAUACAAGAGCAUUAUCAGCGCCCUUCCUCUGUACCAUGCGAUACUCGGCACAAGAUAUGCGCAACGUGUGCUGCUCAUUGAGUUUUGGGAAAAACUCACCACGAUGUGGUGUGACUGCUGUAGCGAGUUCGCUAUGCUCAUCAGCAUCCCUGAAUGGUUGCGACUUUGCCAGAAUUGCGUCGAGAGAGGCGUACGAUAUGAUAAUGGCCUAGACCGGGAACUCGGAGUCUCUAAAUUUGUACGAUUGAGCACUUUGGCAGAGUGGUUACCUCCAGGUUUUGCGCUCCCUCCUUCGGUGUGGCUCCUGACAGUUGGCUUGAAAGGCUAG